AUGGCGGAGCUGCUAAAGCGGCUAGGAUAUCCGUGGCAGGAGGAAGCAGCUGAGGGGAGGAGGCAAACUGUCAGCAGACAGACCGUUCUAGUCGGAGCUGCACUCCGAACCGGUUUCCUACCAGACUGGUCCGGCCCUUCGGGUGUCGGAAAGUCGCGGGACGCUCUGCUUAUCUACCUGCAGGAUGCAGAGAUCCUGGUCGAAUACCGGCCUCUGGAGGACAGCGUUGACCCGUCCAAUAUGUUGUGUGCUGGACAGGACUCCAGUUCGGUGGUGGAGUGGGCCCAGUGUCCCAGGGAGAAGUCCCAGUCCCGGCAGCAGCUGGAGACGCAGCAGAGCUAUGAGACGGAGUGGGACAUGGUGAACGCCGUGUCCUUCAGGAAGAGGAAUUACACCAAUGGAGAGGGCUCUCUGAAUCACAGCAACGAGCGGAGCCGCUGGGCUUUCACUGUGAACAUCAGCGACCUCGGCUCCAUUAAGGUGAAGGAGGAAGGUUGGACCUUCCUCAUCCUCCAGUUGAAGGACUCCUCCAGCUUGCUGCCGGCGCUUCACUUCCACCAGGGCGGCAGCAGAGAGUUCCUGGACAGCCUGAGGAGGUUCGCUCUGCUGACAGAGUGUCCUGAGGAUGAAUCGUGUCUACUGGUCAGCACCCCAAACAAAGCUCUGUCCCAGUCCUUCGAGAACCUGAUGGACGACAACAGCUUCGGCCUCAUUCAUAAGUUUAAGCGGGACCCGUAUGUGACGACGCUGGGCAGCUUCUCCAAAGUCACCAACUACAUCUACGAUGCUCUAAGGGGGACAGAGGAGCAGCAGCAGCGCCCCCCUGAGGAGGUGGCAGACCUUCUGGGUGAAGUCAUUCCAGGUCUGGAGAUCAACCAGCAGGAGGAGCCGGGCUUCGAGGUCAUCACCAGGAUCGACCUCGGGGUGAGGCCUCAGGUGACCCGGGCGGAGCCGCUGUCCGCAGACGAAUGGAGUAAACACCAGGAUCCCGAGGGCAGGAUGGAGGAUGAGGCCACACUCAGACAGAGGAUCUUUAAAGGGGGUCUGUGUCACGCUAUCAGGAAAGAAGCCUGGAAGUUCCUGCUGGGAUAUUAUCCGUGGAGCAGCACCUUGGAGGAGAGGAAGGCUCUGCAGAGGGCCAAAACGGAUGAAUACUUCCGGAUGAAGCUGCAGUGGAAAUCCAUCAGUGAGGAGCAGGAGAGGAGGAACUCCAGACUGAGAGACAACAGGAGUCUGAUCGAGAAAGACGUGAACCGAACGGACCGAACGAACCGGUUCUACGAAGGUCCGAACAACCCCACCCUGACUCUGCUGCACGACAUCCUGAUGACCUACUGCAUGUACGACUUCGAUCUGGGGUACGUUCAGGGGAUGAGCGACCUGCUGUCACCGAUCCUUUACGUUAUGGAGAACGAAGUUGACGCUUUCUGGUGUUUCGUCUCCUUUAUGGACCAGAUGCAUCAGAACUUUGAGGAGCAGAUGCAGGGUAUGAAGACACAGCUGAUCCAGCUCAGCACGCUGCUCAGACUGCUGGACCUGGCGUUCUGGAACUACCUCGAGUCCCAGGACUCCGGCUACCUCUACUUCUGCUUCCGCUGGCUGCUGAUCCGCUUUAAGAGGGAGCUGAGCUUCCACGACGUCCUGCGGCUCUGGGAGGUCAUGUGGACCGGGCUGCCCUGUCAGAACUUCCAUCUGCUGGUCUGCUGCGCCAUCCUGGACUCUGAGAAGCAGAAGAUCAUGGAGGAAAACUACGGCUUCAAUGAGAUUCUGAAGCACAUCAACGAGCUCUCCAUGAAGCUCAACAUUGAAGAGAUCCUGCAGAAAGCUGAAGGCAUCUACCAUCAGAUCCGCAGCUGCAAGGACCUUCCUCACUCCAUCAGCACCAUCCUGGGCUUCGACACAGAGCGCCGAGUUUCACACAACUCAGAUUGCGGAUCCGCUUCACGGCCCGUUCAGCAGCAGGACGUCAGUUCUAACGGACACUACCGGGAAAACAGACCCCAGAACAGCUCCAGAGGGGUCUUCACUUCGUAGUUAACGCAUAGACUGACUGUAGGUCAGCAGGGGGCGCUGUGUAGCUCCAAGGUGGAUGGAGAAGGAUGUACAAAGGAUCGCAGAUUAUUAAGAACCUUAUUUUUCUAACUUCUUGUAUGGUCUCUCUGCUCCUGAUGUUUUCUAAGAUCCUGACCUGCAGGACAGACAGGAGCAGGUGGGGACUCACCUGGACUCUCACAUAUGUGCCACACGCGUGUUUCCUGAGUCAGAACUCGCCUGCUGAUCUGACACUGCCGGAGAAUAUAUUCGUCUUGCAAACAGCAACUAAUCAGUAUUUCUAUUAUCGACGCAUCAGCUGAUUUUUAUUUUUUUUUUCCAUUUGUUUCUCUUUUGUUUUUUUCAUCUUUAAAGUGUAAAAGCCCAAAGUGACUUGCUGAAACCGCUCAGCCUGUCCCAAAUUGAAGUGUAUUACCUUCCUUCAUUAAAAAAGCUGCCAAUGCCCUUUUUGGUCUCAUAUUAACAGCUUCAUCACAUAUGUCUCUCUUAAUAAAGCUACCAAAGAUGACUGAAGCUAAAAGCUUUUCAACACAUUUCAGCUUCAUGUUAUUCUAGUGUAUUUUGGUGAAACUAAUGCUGUGUUUAAGGAGACCCAUUCUGCCUCAGAGGGUUUACAACCAUCCGCCUUUGGUCCAUUUAAUCUGAUGCUAAGGGAUUUAACAGUCAUUUGGAGAAGGAGGACAAAGUUCACUCGACGCUUUUUAUUUCUGCAAACUACAUUUAUUUACCUUUAAUUAUUCCUCUGCUUGUUUUUUAAUCCCUCUUUUAAAGUUUGAAUCACAGCUUAAAAUAUCAACCAAAAGCAUUAGAGAUUUUAUUGGUUACACCUGAAUGUAGAAGCUGCAUUAAAACAAGGAUAUAGCAAUUAUGCUCCUUAUUAGUGUUGCACCAAUACCAGUAACGGGACGGGCCCCGAUCCAGCACUAAAAUGUUGGUAUCGGUGUCGUCGAGUACCAACAAAAAGGGCACUGAUACCAUUUUGAGAGCCAAACAUUUAUUCAACUAUUGUCACCCAUUCCAGGUAGGCAAUAAAAAGUUCUACUGGAUUCACUUUGUAUUAGUCUUCUUCCUGCUUCAC